CCGAUCAGUCGCCAAAAUGCUCCAAAUCCUGCUUGCAUGUCUGAUGCUUGUCGUCAGUAGAGUGGAGAGUAACUGGAAUGCCGAAGAAAGCGAUUCAUCAAAAGCAAAAAUGGGAUUCAGUCGCAUCAAUAUGACAUGCAACGACGCUGAGGAUGUGUGUCAACACUGUGUCAUAAUUCCCCUCUUUGGACAGGAAUUCUUAACAGUUGUCGAAUACACGAAGGACCCUUACCAACUCGAGGUCAGUGUCCAAGAAGGAAGACAAUCCAGAGACUGGACCUUUUCUCAAGACGACCUAGCUGGAAAGUAUCGGUGGUGCGAAUCCGCCUACUCCGAAGCCAGUUGGGACUACGACCACUCAUGGAGAUACACCAUUUGCUACGAAAACAUCUUUGAUGAUAUCUCCGUACCCGAAAGAUUGCGCUAAGCCUCUUGCCGUCGUAACGCAUGAAAGUCACUAUUACGACGACGAAGUACGCGGUCAGCAGAUGCUGUUUUGCCUGCCCUAGUUUGCAUGGUUGUAAUCAAUGAUUAAGUCAUCACAAGUCAUAGCAAGCAAUUGUGCGGUAGACAAACAUACUGGAGUCGAAUUUAUUAAUUCAACUUGAAAUUAUUGCCGACUUCCGUGGGACUCUUUUUUGUUUUUGGGUUUCCCGGCCCACACAAAUUCUACCAUUGCCGAUUGUCUGUUCACCUAACCCGAAGGCCACAACAUAGGCGACACAUAUUAUAUAUAAGCCUUGGCAAGGGCGGAUCCAGGGGGCCCAAACAAAACAAUUUUUUUAAAGUGGCGUCGCAUCAAAGGCAGGCACUGCGUACACCACCAUCUAUUCCUCCUAAAGAUUUAGUUAAAGUGGUUAGAAAUAGCCUCAGAUUGCACCACAGAGCAUCUAGAAUCCAAUUUUUUCUGGGCCCUUAAUAAGCGGGCCC